AUGCUGGACUUGCUGGACUUCACUCGUGGUGGCUGCAUUUGUGUGGAAUUCGGCCCGUUUUCUACACUACAGUUUCCCCGAUCAGACCAAAAAAAUAAACAGCAUGUUCGCCUCCGUCAACUCUGGUUCUUUCUGAAGCUCUUGUCGGACAGGUUUGGACACUUUGUCCAUGUUACCCAUGUAUUUCGAUUCCUCGAGUUCAGCGGCACCAAGACUAAAUCCACGGUCAGGAUUAUCCCCGAAGUAUCAGAGACAGUGAAGAAGAGCGUCAAUGAAGCGUGGGGAGUUGACAUAGACUACUUGUCAAAGUUUAAGAGGGAAUACAGCCGAAUCACAGACACAGAUCACUUUAAGAGCAUUCGGAUUUUGCUGGAAUAUUGUCAGCAACAUAGCAUUUUAGACGACAUCGAGUCGCUGCUUUACGCCAUGCUGGCAAUUUUUGAAUACAUCAGUUUUUGGCAAAUCAGAAUGCCACAGUCACAAAUUCGAGCCGGUAUCCCAGAACUUCCAGCAACGUCGAAGAUUGGUGGCAUGACAGACAUCGCAACCUAUCCCGAACACUUUGGCAUUUGUAGUACUAUUCCGUCAAAGGUGCGAACAUUGCUGGAUUCGCUUCGCAGGCUUCUUUUCAGCAAGAACAACUAUUUUAUCGGCGGGUUUCUGUUGAGCAGCAGUUGGGAAGUGCGUAAAGCAAGCGACAAUCAGAUAAUGUUUCUUUAUGGCACUGCGGACGACAAUGAGGGCAACAAUAAGAACAACGAUGAGGACGACGGCAGCGAGGAUCACAAGAGUGGCGAUAAUAAUUGUACCAAUGCAAAGCCCGCCGCCGCGCCUGUUGAACCAGCAGCUCAUAUUGCAACCACAGCAACAGACAUCACAAAGCCCACUGCUUGUGCAAACCCGGUAGCGACUGCCGGCUCGACGAGUGCAUUUCCGAUAGAACAGCCGUCAACCCCAACCUCCUCUUGUGAAUCAUCGCCAACGCAUUCUUCCGAGCGAUCGUCAUCACCAGUUUCGACGAUAAAGGUGAUUAAAUUAUUUAACAAGUACAUUGUCAAUGGAGCAUCCAAGCACAAACGCCAGCCAAACGAGGAUGGUACUUUGGAUACAGAGCUCAGAGUGCAGAAGCUGCGCAAUUUGUGA